AUAGGUGGGAGACCAGUCAAGGAUAAACAGCCACACUGUUGACCAAACCUCAAUAGACCCAGGACAGACCCAUGCGGACACAGACGAGGCCCCCUCUCACAUGUCUACCUCAGACUCGGAGGGUGAGGCUGUCUCAGAUGUAUUUGGUCGGGAUGAAUUGGAUGAGAACACCUUUAGCACAUCUUCUGAAGAUACAGAUGCAACCGAUAGUGAAAGUGAGGUUCAAACGCCAACAGAUGAUCCACUUCACAAAAUUGGCACAGACACAGGGAUGGACACAGUUCUCAAAUCAACAGGCUCCAUCACAAAGGCAGAGGCUCUGCUGCUGAUAAUGACUCAUGCUGCUGUACAUAAUAUUACUGGCUGUCAACUAGAUGACUUGCUGAGACUGAUUAAUUUCCUUUUUGGUAAUGAUGUAGUCCCAGGGUCCAAACAUUUGUUUAAUAAGGUAUUCAAGAACAACUCGGAGAUAGUUGAGUUUCAUCUUUACUGUCGAGCCUGCAAAUGUCACAUUGGAACACAAAAACUAGUUACUGUCCAGAACAUCACACAAUGUCCAUCCUGUAAUGAAACAGUUGAGAUCACUUCUUUAAAUAACGGUAGCUUCUUUAUCAAUGUGCCAGUUGCACCACAGAUUCAGAACCUUCUGGAAAAUCCAGAAAUUCAGAAGCACCUCAGCUAUCGAUUUGACAGACCACACAGUGUUGAGAAUGUUAUCUCAGACAUCUUUGAUGGAGUUAUGUAUGAAAAGUUGUCACAACCUGGUGGGAUUCUUUCAAAUCCUAACAAUU